GGCGGGAGAGCGUGCGGGGGGCGCGCGCGCGUGGGGCCGGGCGGGAAACGCGCGUGGGGGACAUGGAGCUGCUGAGGAAAUGGCUGGGCCACCCCGAGGACAUCUACCACCUGCUGCGCUUCAAGAUGGGCGGCUACCGCGCCGUCAUGCCGCGCGUGGACCCGGACUCGCUGGGGCCCGGCCUGCGCGCCUGCUACCGCUACCUCAACCAGACGAGCCGCAGCUUCGCCGCCGUCAUCCAGGCGCUCGACGGGGAGCUGCGACAUGCCGUGUGUAUAUUCUACCUAGUCCUCCGUGCUCUGGACACCAUAGAGGAUGACAUGACCAUCAGCUUGGACGUCAAAGUCCCGAUGCUGCACGAGUUCCACUCCUAUCUCUACCAGCCGGAGUGGAAAUACAUGGAGAGCAAGGAGAAGGACCGGCAGGUGCUUGAGGACUUCCCAACGAUUUCCUCGGAGUUCCGGAGCUUGUCAAAGGUGUAUCAGGAGGUGAUUUCAGAUAUUUGUCACAAGAUGGGUGUCGGGAUGGCAGAAUUCUUGGAGAAGAAGGUGGACUCUCAGAACGAGUGGGAUAAGUAUUGUCACUACGUUGCUGGGCUGGUGGGAAUAGGCCUCUCCCGUCUCUUCUCUGCAUCAGAGCUAGAAGACCCUAUUGUUGGACAAGACACAGACCUGGCAAAUUCCAUGGGCCUCUUCCUGCAGAAGACCAACAUAAUCCGUGACUAUUUGGAGGAUCAGUUGGAGGGAAGGGAAUUCUGGCCCAGAGAGGUUUGGAGCAGAUAUGCCAAGAAGCUGUCGGAUCUUGCCAAACCAGAGAACAUUGAUAUGGCUGUGCAGUGUCUGAAUGAGCUGAUCACCAACGCUCUCCACCACGUCCCYGAUGUUCUAACAUACUUAUCUCGCCUGAAAAACCAAAGUGUCUUCAACUUCUGUGCUAUCCCUCAAGUGAUGGCUAUUGCCACCCUGGCUGCCUGUUACAACAACAAGCAGGUGUUCAGGGGCGUAGUGAAGAUCCGGAAGGGACAAGCUGUCACUCUCAUGAUGGAUGCCACAAACAUACAAGCUGUCAAAACCAUCAUGUACCAGUAUGUGGAAGAGAUCUACCAGAAGAUCCCGAGCGCGGACCCUUCGUGCAACAAGACGCAGCAGAUCGUGGCCUCCAUCCGGGCGCAGAGCCUGCCCCACGGCCCCUUGGCCUCGCGGCACCACUACUCGCCCAUCUACGUGUCGUGCGCGAUGCUCCUGGCCGCGCUCAGCUGGCAGUACCUGACCACCGUCUCCAAGGCGGCCGAGGACUUGGUCCAGACGGGCGAGAACUGAGCGCGCUGCCGCCACGGACGGUUGGUUGGUGGAGGGCAGGGAGGAGGACGCUCCCCUUCCCAGGGGACUGGCUGAGCAGCGGGGUCCCUGCGGGCCCCUGUUGCUGCUGAGAGGAGGGGACGCCGGCGGCGCUGGAGCCCCCGGUGCCACCUGGGCACUGCCAGGCUCUGCUCCUGCCCUCCCUUUGCUGUCUGGUUGGAUGGCUACAAAUGCCAACUGGAGUCUUACUGUUUGAGGUGGAUUUUUUUCUUUUUCCCCCCUUGGACAGCUUACCCACAUUUUUGGUUAGGAGGGUUUUAAAUAGAAGCUCCAGCUGCUUCUUUUCCUUGCUUGGGAUUUGACACCACCUCUGCUGUUCAAAGCAAGGCGAUAACAGCCUUGGGUUUUUUCCCUUUCACUUCCCUUGCAGCCUCUUCCCUAUUGCCUCUGGUGUGUGCCCUGCGGGGGAAGGACACAGAAGGCUCUGGCAUCAGCCAGGAACUUGUUUCCUUAUGCAAGGGAAAGUGCUGGCUGUUUUUACAGUCCUGCAGCUGGGAAAGGAGGAGAGGCAAAUACUUACAUUUCUGUUCUUGAGCUGCAGGAGGCUGCUUAGGUUGGAAACAGAAGAACCUUGGAGGUGCAGUGACACUGUCCACUUUUCAAGAUGCUCCUUGGGGAGAGGCUGCAAUUCCAGCUCCUGUUUGCCCAGGUUUGGGCAAGGAGGGAAAGGGGGUGUUCCAGCCACACUAGAGCGGGGAGGUGCCACCCAUACCCCCACAGCAGAGCCAGCUGCCUCUGCAAAGUGGAGGGAUGUGGCUUCACACCAUGGUCUCCUGCAAUGGAAAGCAGGGAAGUGUUUAGGGGGCCUUGUGCCCCUGGCUGCAGUAGAACCCAGCUGCAGGCCAAGGAGGGUGGGAGAGGCCAAGGGGAGCUGGGGCAGGCUCCCUGGUUUGCUUGGCUUCCAGCUUGUGUUGCUUGAGGAGGGUCUGAUAUAUAAAACUGGAAGAGCCUUCCCCUGCUUUUGAAAGAGAUGAGGCUCAUUUUAGAUCAAGCAGUCCCUAUUCUUUUCAGGAAUAGGGCAUGAAGGAAUAAACACCUCCUUAAAGGGAUUUUUUUUUUUUUUGAAAGAUGGUGUUCUCCCUUCUGCUGCUGCCCUGUGGGGCCAGGAUGCAGCCUGGGGCAGGGUGGAGUGCAGCCUCACAGUGAGGCUAACUGGCCUUUGCAAGGCUGAGUGCCCUAGGAGCAGACUCUUACUUAAAAGGUGGGGACUCCCCUAGUACCAGUGUAGA